AUGCACCGUCCAGCGGAGUGGGAUCGUCACGACGAAAUCAUUAUGGCUUGGCCAUCGAUCGAAAACGACGCCUACGCGGAUAAGGGUGGGAGUCGUGAUCUAGCGGAUGCCACUCGGGACAUUUCAGCCAUUGCCGAGGCAGUUGCUGAAUUUGAGCAAGUCACUUUGCUGGUCACCCCGGACCGCCUCCAGGAGGCAAAGAAACGGUUCAAGCACGACGCAGAAGAAAUCCUCAUCCAGCCUGUUCAUGACUACCACAAGCUUGAUCUCUGGAUGCGCGACAUGGCGCCUACUUUUGUCUUUGAUGGAUGCCACCUUGAUGGAGUCGAUUACAACUUCAAUGGUUGGGGGAACAAGUUUCCGGUCAAUGCCUCCGAAUCCCUUGCUUCCCAAGUAUGCGACAAUAUGAACCUCACUCGAGUUUCUACCUGGUUGGUGACCGAGGGUGGUUCACUUGAGACCGAUGGAGAAGGUACCCUUUUGAUCACCGAUAGCUCGAUUAUCAACGAGAACCGCAACCCAGGAAAGAGCCAGCAACAGAUCGAGGAAGAAUUGCGGCGAACACUCGGUAUCACCAAGAUCAUCUGGCUUCGUGGUGUUAAAGGUGGUGAUAUCACUGAUGGCCAUGUUGAUGGUCUUGCACGUUUCAUUGCGCCUGGAAAGGUCGUUAUUAGCAGACCGAACACUCUAGAUGACCGCAAGUUUUCUAAAGUGUUCAAGGACGCCCAUUUCAUUCUCUCUAACGCGACCGAUGCUCGUGGCCGACGUCUUGAGGUCGUCGAAAUGGUCGAGGCCGAUUUGUACUCGCUUGGAUUGGACAGACGAACUCUGAAGGAUAUCGAAAGUGAAAAUGAGGAUUAUCCUUCAUUGAGUUAUGUCAACUGGUUACUUGUGAAUGGCGGCGUCAUCUUCCCCCAAUUUGGAGACAAGAAGGCCGACGCUGCGGCCUUGAGUAUCAUUCGUGACUUAUACAAGGAUCGUCGGGUGAAGACUGUGCGGCUUGAUCAGCUGCCAUUUUUGGGUGGAGGUAUUCACUGCUCCACGCAGGAAGUCCCAGCCUGA